AUGACUCGGUCUAUUGUUGAUAUCGAAGCCAUUGCCGGCAAGCUCACGCUGGAUGAGAAGAUCCAACUCCUUGCAGGCAUGGACCUGUGGAGAACCUUCCAGUUCCCUGAGAAGGGUCUUCCCUAUAUUAAAGUCACGGAUGGUCCUAAUGGUGCUCGUGGUGGAGCCGAUGUCCUCGAUUCUGUCGUCACAGCUGCUCUUUUCCCGGCUCCUGCCAGUGUUGGUGCCACUUGGGAUGUUGAAAUGGCCGAAUUGAUGGGCAAAGGUAUUGCUCAGGACAGUCGCAGCAAGAAGGCCCAUGUCAGCUUGGCCCCUACUAUCAACAUUCAACGCGAUCCAAGAGGAGGAAGAUCUUUUGAAAGUUACUCUGAAGAUCCCAUUCUGUCUGGUGACAUUGGUGCAGCAUGGAUUACUGGAUGCCAAGGUCAAGGUGUGCUAGCUACCCCUAAGCAUUUUGUUGCCAACGAGUGCGAGACCAAUCGACGCAGUGUUUCAUCCGAAGUCGAAGAAGCUCCUCUUCGUGAAAUCUAUCUUCGACCUUUCCAGCGUGUGCUUCGCAACCUUCGUCAAAAGGGUUUGGAUGCACCUGGCUGUAUCAUGACUUCUUAUAACCGUCUGAAUGGCAUUUCAUGCUCCGAAGAUGAGCGACUGUUGAAGGGUAUUCUGAGAGAAGAAUGGGGUUUCGACGGUCUCGUCAUGAGUGACUGGUUUGGAACUUACUCUGUUAAAGGUAUUAAGGCCGGUAUGGAUCUUGAAAUGCCUGGUCCAACUCUGCAUCGUUCUGUUGAACAAGUGCAUGAAGCCAUCAAAGCUGGUGAAGUGACUGAAGCAGAUGUCAAUGAUCGUGUCCGUAGAGUCCUGGAACUGGUGUCUAAGGUCGAACAAAGAUUGUUGACUAACGACCCUCCUUUGGACUUCUGUGCCUCUCCCGAGGAUGAGAACGAGGUCGGCCUUCAAAAUGAAGAAAUCAGCUCCAGCAUUCGUAAGAUCGCCACAGAAGGUAUGGUGGUCCUUAGAAACAAGGAUAACCUAUUGCCAUUGGAGCCAACCAAGGCUGGCGGCCAAAAGAAGUUUGCAUUCAUCGGUCAUCCCGCUAUUGAGGCUAUCCAAUCUGGCGGUGGCUCUGCAAACUUGACUGCCCAAUACAAGACAACCCCUCUUGAUGGAUUCAAGGACGUUUUGAAGGAAUUGGGUAGUGCUGCUGAUGAUGUUGAAAUCGUCUACACUGAAGGAUGUCAGCUCCACACCACUCCUCCUCCCCCUACUGGCGAAAUCCUUGGUAACGAGACUGUCAAGUUUGAAUGGUACAGCGGUGUGAGCGAGAUCGGAGAAAACGACGUACCAUUCCUUGUCACUGAAUUGGAAAAGCCAUCCUGGAACCCCGGCACAGCACUGCCAGAAGGCAUCCAGGUCCCUUGUGCCAUACGCGUCAAGUAUAGCUUGACCCCCAAGUCCACUGGACUUCAUACCCUUAGUUUGCAAGCAUUUGGAAAGGCCACCAUCAAGGUUGGUGAGGAGACUUGGAAUUACAGCUCGGAGGAAAAUCCCAUGGAGUACUUCGUUGCCAUGGACCAAAACCGUCGCAACAAGCAAUUCCAGCUCGAAGGAGAAAAGGCAACUCCGGUGGUUGUGGACUAUACUACCUUUAUCAUUGACGAUGCAGAUGCCAUUGAACGCUUCAUGGCCUUCAGAAUGGGCUUUGACGAGUACUAUGACGAUGAAAAGAAGAGGAACGAAGCUGUUGAAGCGGCCAAGAACGCUGAUGUUGCCAUUGUCUUCACUGCCACAGGUGCUGAAUACGAAUCAGAAGGUUACGACAGAGAGGACAUCCAUCUUCCUCGUCUCCAGAACGAAUUGGUUGCCGCCGUUGCUGCUGCUCAACCUAACACUGUGGUGGUUAACUUGACCGGAUCGGCUGUCUACAUGCCUUGGGUUGACGAUGUUUCUGCUGUUCUUCAAGCCUGGUUCCCUGGUCAAGAAUGCGGUAGAUCCAUCGCUGAUGCUUUGCUUGGUCUUGGUUCGGGUGGUGGUCCCAGUGGCCGUAUCCCCAGCGUCUGGCCCAAGAGCAUUCAGGAUCACCCAAGCUAUGGCAACUUCCCUGGACACUUCGAGAGCGAAGAACGCGGCCAUGAUGUUGUUUACUACAAGGAAGGACUGUUUGCUGGUCACAAAUGGUACGAGGAGAAGCAAAUCGAGCCUCUGUUCUGGCUCGGUUACGGUCUCAGCUACACCACCUGGGAACGUGAACUGGUCUCCGUUGAAGGCGCAUUAUCUCCUGAAGGCGGUAAGGUGACUGUUAAUGUUCGUGUUCAAAACACUGGAAGCCGAGUAGGCAAGGAUGUUAUCCAGAUCUAUGUCAAGCCCACUGAUGCUGCUGGACGGCCAAAGAGAGCCUUGGUAGCCUUUGUCAAGGUGACAGUGCAAGCUGGAGAAUCCACCACGGUUUCUUUAGUAUUGGAUCAAGAAGCAGUUUCUUACUGGGAGCAGGGCCAGAACGGUCAUUGGAAGGUUGACCAGGGUGAUUAUGAGGUAUGUUUUGUAACUGGUUCAAAAAUGAUAAGUCUGGCAUUUUGA